CCCCAGGCAAAAAUCCCCUCAAACCUAAAUUGCGGACAGCUGAACAAGAGACGGAAACCACACAAAACCCCUCGCCGCCGCACCCCCGCCACAACGGCGGCGCAGAGCUAGAAGCGGAAGGAGAGAGAUAGAGAGGAGAAAGCAGCGAUGGAGUAUGUGAACCCACUCACCGGCUUCCGCGUCGACGGCCGCCGUCCCAACGAGAUGCGGCAGCUCAAGGGCGAGGUCGGUGUCGUCUCCAGGGCCGACGGGUCGGCGCUGUUUGAGAUGGGAAACACUAGGGUCAUCGCCGCUGUCUACGGCCCCCGAGAGGUCCAGAACAGAAGUCAGCAAGUAAACAGCAAAGAGGCGUUGGUGCGUUGUGAGUAUCGAAUGGCAGAAUUUAGUACUGGUGAUCGAAGGAGAAAGCCAAAAGGUGACAGGCGAUCAACAGAAAUUUCACUUGUUAUUCGACAAACAAUGGAGGCAAGCAUAUUAACACAUCUGAUGCCACAUUCCCAGAUUGAUAUAUUUGUCCAAGUUCUUCAAGCUGAUGGUGGAACUAGGUCAGCAUGCAUCAAUGCUGCAACAUUAGCACUUGCGGAUGCUGGGAUUCCAAUGCGAGACAUUGUUACAUCUUGCAGUGCUGGGUAUCUGUGCUCUAGUCCUUUGCUUGAUCUGAAUUAUAUAGAAGACAGUGCUGGAGGUCCAGAUGUCACUGUUGGCAUUCUUGCAAAGAUGGACAAAGUGACUCUUCUGCAGAUGGAUGCAAAAUUGCCAAUGGAUACAUUUGAAACUGUAAUGGAACUUGCAAUAGAAGGGUGCAAAGCCAUUGCAACCUACAUCAGAGAGAUUCUAUUGGAGAACACAAAGCAGCUGGAAUAUCGGCGUGGGUAAUUAAUCCUAGGCUGGAGUGUCAUAGUUAAACCAAGCAGGUGAAGCCUGUUGGUCGAAUUUGUACUAUGUGAAGCCUGUUCUGUUUUGUGUAGCGCUUGAUAUGAUUUUUCUGCUUAGUAGAAUUACAAAGAUUGAUGUUGAACUUAAUGAAGAUCGCUGGCCAAUGGUAGACUCCAUUCAUCAUGUAAAGGCGUGCUGGCUCAGGAUGAACUCUCGUAGUACACUUGAUUGGCUGAACAAAUUCUAUGUGAAACUUUGAUGUUAUAUUAAAACAGUUCCAGAAAUUUCCAUAGUACA